AUCCGAUUCCAAACAAUGAGUUUGGAAGCUAUACUGAAGACAAUUAGUCCGUACUUUCUCAAUCUUUCUGAGCGGGGCUUCGCAUACGGUCCUCAGGGUAAACUGCUGCUGAGGAAUCUCGAGGAACACUGGUUUGCUCACUGCAUCACGAUGCCACGUUAUAACGUAUUCCUCUGUGACACAAUUGCAGACACAUUGCAGAUGCUGCGGAGCAAUUCGAUGGACGAUGUGCUGCCGUUCGCUCUCGCUACCUUGGCAACUUCAAAGAAUGCGUGGAACGAAUCUCUGUUGUCGGCUAAAGUGUCAUCUCAUAAAACUGUCAAAAUCAAUGUGAUCGUUGAGGCGUCCGAAUCGAAGAAUCUGUUACACAAGACACAAAGAGAGCGCAAAGUAUGGUGGCGCAAACUUGCACAGAGUCCCUCGAGGUUCACGCUUGCAGAGACUAAGAAGGCGAAGAAUCUUGACGUGACGGAAAUCGAAGCGCAGUUUCCCUUUGGAAAUAUCACUGUGGAGACAAUCACUCAUUAUCCUGGCGUACGCAAGUUGUAUCCUCAGACUGAAAGUAAUAAAGAUAUUGCUGCGGAUCUGCAUAUGGUCGAACAUGUCGCUUCCCUGGAUUGGGGCUGUCUGGCGCUGCUCUGCGAUAGUCACAUAUUGGACAAGUCAACUAGAGCUUAUAUUCAUCCUAAGUUAUCUCCGUACAAAACAACGUUCCACAUAAUGAGACAUAAGAAUGAAACGGAUCUGGAUACAGAAGACUUGAAUCGCUUUGUGCUAUACUUAAAUAAUAUGCUUAGAACAAAAGGGGUUUCUACGAUAUUAACAAAUACAGAACAAAUUAUAGAAAUGUGCUUGAUACCAUUCGUCGUGUCGGUGGAUAGGACUAGUCUUAAGAAUGGCAUUGUACAUGUAAAAAAUCGUUCAACGACUCUUAAAGAGGCGGUUCACAUUACUAAUUUAGUAAAGUAUAUUACUUUACGUUCUUCCUGAAUCGCCGAAUCGGCACAAUGCAGUUCUAAAAUUUCCGACCAACAUAUAUAAGAUAUUGUUAUAAUUAUAUUUAAUUUACUAUGUUUAUUACUGAAAGUUACAAUAUAAACUGUAAGUAUAAAUGAAAGUCUCUGAUUCAUUUUUUUACUCCGAUUUUU